AUGGCCAAUGUGGAUGUCACCCAAACGCUUGAAGCUCUGAACGCCCUAGCUACAGCCCCUCCCUCCGACCCCGAGGUGCGCAAACAGCUCUACAAUGCCGCUCAGAAACUGGGCCUAGCCGUGGAGGCACCUUACGACACGGUUUAUAGAAUUAUCUACUCGCCCAUCCUCUUGACCGUCGCGCAGAUCGCGGGCAAUAUGCGUAUCUUCAAGACUCUGGUCGAAAAGGAUACACCCCUUAAUUCGGUAGAUCUGGCUGCUGCCGCCGGUGCGGACGUUACUUUGACCGGCCGUAUUGCAAGAUAUCUGGCAUCACAUGGCAUGAUCAAUGAGGUGGAUGAAGACUCUUUUGCCGCGAACCACAUCACGCAAACGCUGAGCAUCGAAGGGUUUCGCGCCGGCAUCAAACAUUAUAUGCAUGGCACCAUGCCCUCUCUGCAAGCUGCCCCGGAGUUCCUGGAGGAAACGCAGUAUGCGAAUCCCAGCGACAUGCUGCACACCCCGUUCCAAAGAGGCUUCCGCACCGAUCUGCCCCGAUUUGUCUGGUUCCAGAGCCAGCCCGACUUAUCCGCCAACUUUGGUGUGUGGAUGGGCGCUCAGCACGAUCGAAAGAUGACCUGGCUAGAUGUGAUCGACUUCCGAGAGCUCGCGCACGGCUCCACGCCCGAGACUCCUGUCUUUGUCGAUGUCGGCGGCGGCAUCGGCCACCAGUGCGCCCUACUAAGGAGCAGGUAUCCCGAUUUGGUCGGCCGGGUCAUCCUGCAGGACUCGACGACUGUCGUAGCUCGCGCCCUGCAGACGACCGGCGUGGAGAAGACCGCCCACGAUUUCUGGACCCCCCAGCCAGUCCACGCUGCUAGAGCGUACUACCUCCGCUACAUCAUGCACGACUACCCGGAUGAGAAGUGCCUGGUCAUCCUCCGCAACAUCAAGGCUGCCAUGGCGCCCGACUCGGUCCUCCUCAUCGACGACAUGAUCAUUCCGAACAAGGGCGCUCAUCCGAACGCUACCGACAGGGACAUCGCCAUGAUGGUCAACUUUGCCGCCAUGGAGCGCACGGAGAAGCAGUGGCGCGCACUGUUUGCGGCUGCGGGACUGAAACUUCGACGUGUUGCUACUUAUAAUCAGACGAGUGGGGAAAGUGUCCAAGUAGUAGGGAUUGAGGGUCAUUAG